AUGUCGCUUUUCAAGCCAGCACUUUCUCGGGUUUUGCCCGGGUUGCAGCUGACGAAUGUUUCAAACUCAACGUUUUUGGCGAGGUUCUUGUCCAUCGAGUCGACUAACUUGAAAGAAGUGCUAGCGAAGAAGAUUCCCGAGAAGCAGAAGGAAGUGAAGGAGUUUCGCCAGGCUCAUGGAAAGACCAAGGUGGGCGAGAUCACAGUUGACAUGAUGUAUGGAGGCAUGCGCGGGAUGAAAGGUCUCGUGACUGAGACCAGUGUUUUGGACCCGGAGGAAGGCAUUCGUUUCCGCGGCUAUUCAAUCCCGGAUUUUAAACUGACGAAUGUUUCAAACUCAACGCUUUUGGCGAGGUUCUUGUCCAUCGAGUCGACUAACUUGAAAGAAGUGCUAGCGAAGAAGAUUCCCGAGAAGCAGAAGGAAGUGAAGGAGUUUCGCCAGGCUCAUGGAAAGACCAAGGUGGGCGAGAUCACAGUUGACAUGAUGUAUGGAGGCAUGCGCGGGAUGAAAGGUCUCGUGACUGAGACCAGUGUUUUGGACCCGGAGGAAGGCAUUCGUUUCCGCGGCUAUUCAAUCCCGGAGUGUCAGGAAAAACUGCCGAAAGCCAAGGGUGGCGAAGAACCCCUGCCCGAGGCACUUUAUUGGCUGCUUUGCACUGGCGAUAUUCCAACCAGUGCUCAGGUUGCGGCUUUGUCCAAGGAGUGGGCCAACAAGGCGGAUUUACCGUCUCACGUCGUGACGAUGCUCAACAAUUUCCCGUCGAAUCUGCACCCGAUGUCGCAGUUCUCUGCUGCCAUCACCGCGCUGAAUUCCGAGUCUCAGUUUGCGAAAGCCUAUGGGGAAGGCGUGAAGAAGACCGUGUAUUGGGAACACGUUUUUGACGACGCCAUGAGUCUCAUUGCCAAACUGCCCACGAUAGCGGCGACCAUCUACAGGAAUCUCUACCGUGACGGCACCUCGAUCGGGGCGAUCGAUCCGUCGAAGGAUUGGUCGUGGAACUUUACCUCAAUGCUCGGCUACGAGGACCCCAUGUUCACGGAACUCAUGCGUCUUUACUUGACGAUUCACAGUUUUAAACUGACGAAUGUUUCAAACUCAACGCUUUUGGCGAGGUUCUUGUCCAUCGAGUCGACUAACUUGAAAGAAGUGCUAGCGAAGAAGAUUCCCGAGAAGCAGAAGGAAGUGAAGGAGUUUCGCCAGGCUCAUGGAAAGACCAAGGUGGGCGAGAUCACAGUUGACAUGAUGUAUGGAGGCAUGCGCGGGAUGAAAGGUCUCGUGACUGAGACCAGUGUUUUGGACCCGGAGGAAGGCAUUCGUUUCCGCGGCUAUUCAAUCCCGGAGUGUCAGGAAAAACUGCCGAAAGCCAAGGGUGGCGAAGAACCCCUGCCCGAGGCACUGUAUUGGCUGCUUUGCACUGGCGAUAUUCCAACCAGUGCUCAGGUUGCGGCUUUGUCCAAGGAGUGGGCCAACAAGGCGGAUUUACCGUCUCACGUUGUGACGAUGCUCAACAAUUUCCCGUCGAAUCUGCACCCGAUGUCGCAGUUCUCUGCUGCCAUCACCGCGCUGAAUUCCGAGUCUCAGUUUGCGAAAGCCUAUGGGGAAGGCGUGAAGAAGACCGUGUAUUGGGAACACGUUUUUGACGACGCCAUGAGUCUCAUUGCCAAACUGCCCACGAUAGCGGCGACCAUCUACAGGAAUCUCUACCGUGACGGCACCUCGAUCGGGGCGAUCGAUCCGUCGAAGGAUUGGUCGUGGAACUUUACCUCAAUGCUCGGCUACGAGGACCCCAUGUUCACGGAACUCAUGCGUCUUUACUUGACGAUUCACAGCGACCACGAAGGAGGUAACGUGAGCGCCCACGCGACGCAUUUGGUUGGAUCCGCGUUGUCGGAUCCAUUCUUGUCCUUUGCCGCGGGGAUGAAUGGCCUUGCUGGCCCGCUGCACGGACUGGCCAACCAGGAAGUGCUGCUUUUCCUCAAGAAGAUGGAGGCGGAUGUUGGUCUGGAUGCUGGACCCCAAGAACUCAAGGCGUUUGUCGAGAAGACGCUCAAGUCCGGGCAGGUGGUUCCAGGUUACGGACACGCCGUACUUCGGAAAACCGAUCCGAGAUACACUUGCCAGCGAGAGUUUGCGCUGAAACACUUGCCGAAUGACAAGCACUUCAAGCUGGUGUCAACUCUGUAUGAGGUCACGCCGCCUAUCCUGCAAGCCACUGGCAAAAUCCAGAAUCCAUGGCCCAAUGUUGAUGCCCACUCCGGUGUACUUCUUCAGCAUUUUGGUAUGAAGGAGAUGAACUUCUACACCGUUUUGUUUGGCGUGAGCCGGGCCUUGGGCGUGAUGUCUUCGCUGGUGUGGGACAGAGCCCUGGGACUGCCGCUGGAGCGUCCCAAGUCCAUGUCUACCGAAGGCCUGAAGCGGCUAGUGAAGGCCGCCUAAAAAGCGCGUCGGACGCAGCGUCUGCUUGAGUUGCUAUACGAACUUUGAUUCCUCGCUGCUGUUACAAAAGUUUCGUUCUCUGUCCCUCGCGAUGCUAGUCGCGAACUCUAGAUCUAAGCAAUACACGUCGAAGACGGAAUCGAGGAAGCGGUGUUUUAGUUGAAAAGUAUUACGCUCCCAACGAAAUCGUAAUUUAAGAAUAUCUUAUUUCCAACGUGGGGUUGGGUGGCGAAUUCCGACUCGGGAAUGGUGUCUUUUCGAGAACCGUUUUUUUUUUUUUUUUUUGUGUUUUGCAGCUGAUGCAAGAUUUUUGCUUUUUUUUUGACGUCCGUGGAAUCUCUUGAUGGGGUUUUUGUGUCUCGAGGUGGUCGUUGGAGGGAAGUUCACAGGAAUGACGGUGAAAAAGACAGUACACCUACACGAUUGUUUCCCCGUUUUUUUACGUUUAGCCGACGAUGUCUUAGGGUUGAUCUGCCUCUUCACGGUUGUCCCACGGGUUUCCAUUUUCUGUGAGCUUUUCUUUCCUUUUGAAACGCAUUCUGUGAGUAACACCAGAGGAAAAGUUGGAAAUGAAUAGAUUCAUGUUUAGAAA